AAAGCGAAAUUCACUUCGCCCUAAAAUUUUGGAAAAAUCCAUGCUUUAUUUCCGAAGCUCGCGUGUACACUUCUUCCGAAUACACAACUACACAACGCCUGUCAGUGAGAUAUAAACUCCGCCCCGAUUAGUGACGCGCGAUAGCUGUUGAGACAAGAUGUAAACGUAAAUAACCAAUCAGAGCGGAGUUACAGUACAGUAGUUUGAGACGACUUGGGAAUUCUGUUGUAUUGAAUAAAUGUGUACGUAAUUAACACCUCGGAGUGUCACACAGCGACAUAAACAGGGUGAUGUACUCUUUGUGUUUACCGGCGUUAUUGUAGAGUAGAUGGGUCGGCAUGUUUAAUUGUGUCUGAUUGCAAUGUUUGUUUUUAUAAACUGGGAGAUGUUUGUCACGUAUUGCAAUACUAUUUUAAGCUCAAAGCCACUUGAAUGCAGUUCAACGGUCUACACUCAAAAGCCAAAAACCAAUGCAAAAACUUCUGGAAGCAAAACUUGACCAAGACGACGAAAUAGCAAUUAAUCUUCUGAAGACAGCAUACCACAUAGCGAAACGGGAAUUACCAAAAGACGAGAUGAAGCAUAUGGUGAAAUACGCAUCCGUACUUGGAGUUGAAUUGUCAAAGGCUGAUGCUAAUGUACUUUACACCAGUCCGCAAAGUGUAACAGAACUUCAGAGUGCCCUGGCUGAUGUGAUAUUAGACGACAAAAUCCUGGAUAUUCAGCAGUCUGGUGUUUUUUCGUUAACUAUAGAUGAGAGCACUGACAAUGGGAACUUAAAAAGACUUAUUAUGUACGCUCAGUGUGUUUCAGAGACAGGAUUGGAGUAUAACCUGUUAACAAAUAAGCAGAUUCUUGAAGGUUCAGCUGAUGCUAAGAACAUUGUGUCUAUGGUUGUUGAGGAACUUAAGUCCAAAGGAUUAGACAUAACUAAAUUAGUUGGUAUUGGCACUGACGGUGCUAGUGUUAUGACUGGUAGAAAAGGUGGUGUAGUAAAGUUACUCCAAGAACAUUCACCAACACUAAUAGGUGUUCACUGUGCCGCUCACAGAAUAGCGUUGGCAACAUCACAGGCAGCCAAAUUUGUUCCACAUAUGGAAAGUUACUCCAGAUCAGUUGCAAGUGUAUUUAGGUACUUUCACAACUCUGCGCUCCGUUCAAACCGUUUAAGAGUUAUACAAAAUUUACUGAACAUUCCACAAAUAAAGUUUGCUGAGGUACAUUCAGUGAGAUGGUUAAGUUUGGAUCAUGCUGUUCAGGUCUUGUACCGUACUUACCCCGCACUGUGUAUGGCGCUGGAAAGGGACGCAACCUAUGAGCCUGCUGCAAAAGGACUACUACAUGAAGUAUCACAGUACAAAUUCAUAGCAAUCACUCACCUGAUGAUGGACAUUCUCCCAUUCAUGACUCGGCUGUCGAAGAAAUUCCAAGCACAGACACUGGACUUUAGUAGUGUAAAACCUAUGGUAACUAGCACUUGUGAAAGCCUACAGGACUUACUUGAGGUAGAUGGACUGUUUGUGGAAAAACUCUCAAAGUUUGUGGUUGAAGAAGAUGGCAAACGUGUGUAUAAAAGGCCAUUAUCAGAAUCUGACUGCAAGUCUGUUAGUAGUGCCAUAAAGGAAAAUAUAGAAUUUGAAGGAUUCUCUGACGAAAGUGAUGAUGAGGAUGAUAUCAGUGAGGAAAAUGUAGGCUUUUCACCAGUGCUUAACUUCUACACACAACAGGAGAACAUUCUCAAUACUAUCACACCAGCAUAUGUUGAAAAACUUACGGAUAAUUUGAACGACAGGUUUCAAGAAACUGAAAUUCUGGAAUCCAUGAAAGUGCUCAUCCCAAAAAACAUUGUCAGUGCUGAUCAGUUAUCAAAAUACGGAGUGCUGGAAGUACAAAAACUAGCAGAUCACUUUGAGUCGCACUUACUAAACAAAGAUGAAAUUCGGUCAGAGUUUCAGACUUACAAACGCCUGGUGAAAGGAAGUCAUAGUGACUCUAGUGUAGUUGAAGUAUUGUGCUCUUUAAUGAAAACUAAUGACCUCCCAAACAUGAUUCUGUUGUUGAAAUGUUGUGCAGUGAUUCCAAUGACCAGUGUCCAAUGUGAACGGGGCUUUAGCACCCAGAACAGAAUUAAGUCUAAGGCCAGAACAUCAAUGAAAAGUAAGACAUUAGACGAUUUAAUGCGCAUAUCUGAAGAUGGCCCAGAACUAGAAAAAUUUGACUUCAAACGUGCCCUUAAGAAAUGGAAAUCUGCUAAAGUGAGAAAGUUGUAUUCUGCCUAACUCAAAAACAUUGAGGAACUCUGUACACACUUAGAGAUUAAGUGAUAUAUGUAUUGUUUAUGUCACUAGAGAUUAAAUGAUAUGUAUUCAUUGUAUUGUUUAUAUGUCAGGAGCUUGUAAAUCAGAGAUUUAUUAAAUGCUACUUACUGUUGUAUGUCAUAAGCAUAAAUCCAAGAAAUACUAUAUACUAGUCUAUAUCAUACAACUAUAUUAUGCCCUUAAGAAAUGGAAAUGUGCUAAAGUGAGAAAGUUGUAUUCUACCAAACUCAUAAACAUUGAGGAACUCUGUACAUUAAAUGAUAUCUAUUGUUUAUAUGUCACUAGAGAUUGAAUGGUAUGUAUUGUUUAUAUGUCAGGAGCUUGUAAAUCAGAGAUUUAUUAAAUGCUACUUAUUGUUGUAUGUCAUAAGCAUAAAUCCAAGAAAUGCUAUAUACUGAUAGUCUAUAUCAUACAAUUAUUUUCUGAUGUUAAAUGAAUCUGUGCGGUCAGUUGUAUUGAUACAUGUUUUACAAGUCAUCGCAUGCAUGUACAUUCAAAUGUGAUUUUGACACUGAUCAUUUUUGAAGAAUGUUUUAUAUGUAAUAAAAACAUGUGUUCUUUUAUUUGUUUUCCUUUUAUACUUCUAAGACAAUUAGACCUUUUUAAGUUGCAUCCAUUAAUCUAUAGAAAUUUUCCUUUUAUGGUUGUAUGCGGCCACAACUGCUCAUGCAUUAUGACCGAUAGCUCCACUUCUCCCUAAGUCUCCCCACUUCUCCCUAAUUUAAGCUGAGGGAGAAGUGACUU